AUGGGUAUCUCACGCGACUCUCGUCACAAGCGCUCGGCUACCGGCGCGAAGAGGGCCACCUACCGCAAGAAGAGGGCGUUCGAGAAGGGUCGCCAGCCCUCCAACACCCGUAUCGGCACCAAGAGAAUCCACCUGGUCCGCACCCGUGGUGGUAACCAGAAGUUCCGUGCCCUUCGUCUCGAAUCCGGCAACUUCUCGUGGGGUUCUGAGGGUAUCUCCCGCAAGACCCGUGUCAUCGUUGUUGCCUACCACCCCUCCAACAACGAGCUCGUCCGCACCAACACCCUGACCAAGUCGGCCGUCGUUCAGAUCGAUGCUGCUCCUUUCCGUCAAUGGUACGAGGCUCACUACGGCCAGCCCAUCGGCCGUCGUCGCCAGCAGAAGACCGAGACCACCGAGGAGAAGAAGUCCAACAGCGUUGUGAAGAAGCAGGCUGCUCGCUUUGCUGAGCAGGGCAAGGUCGAGUCUGCUGUUGAGCGUCAGUUCGAGUCCGGUCGUCUGUACGCUGUUGUGUCGUCCCGCCCCGGCCAGAGCGGCCGCGUGGACGGAUACAUCCUGGAGGGUGAUGAGCUGGCUUUCUACCAGCGUGCUAUCCGCAAGUAA